AAGCGGGAGUUUCAAGGGGUUGGGGUGUCUCCGCCGACAGCGCGGACACUCCGCUCCCUCCCCGUCCACCUCCGAACUCGCUGGGUGUUGUCGCGCUGUCUGGGUAGAAGCGGAGAAGCUGCCGCCAUGUCCGAGGCCUAUUUCCCGGUGGAGUCGGGGGCUCUGGGGCCCGAGGAGAACUUCCUGUCUCUCGACGAUAUUCUGAUGUCCCACGAGAAAUUGCCGGCCCGCACUGAGACGGUCCUGCCCCGCCUAGGAUCCUUAUUUUUGGAGCGCAGCAGCGGCGGAGAUAGCGACCCCGGCGUCCCUGAGGGCUCCAAAUUGGAAAUCCCUCUGUGGCUGGCAAAGGGGCUUUAUGACAACAAAAGGAGGAUCCUUUCCGUGGAGCUCCCCAAGAUUUAUAAGGAGGGGUGGAGGACAGUGUUCAGCGCUGAUGCCAACGUGGUUGACCUCCACAAAAUGGGCCCCCACUACUAUGCCUUUGGCUCUCAGCUCCUGCAUUUUGACAGUCCAGAGAACACAGAUGUGUCUCAGACUCUCUUACAGACGUUUAUUGGCCGUUUUCGCCGCAUCAUGGACUCCUCCCAGAAUGCCUACAAUGAAGACACCUCAGGCCUGGUCGCCCGGCUGGACGAGCUGGAGAGGGGCUUGUUUCAGACUGGCCAGAAAGGGCUGAAUGACUUUCAGUGCUGGGAGAAGGGUCAGGCUUCUCAGAUCACAGCUUCCAGCCUGGUUCAGAAUUACAAGAAGAGAAAAUUCACUGACUUGGAAGGUUGAAGGUGUGAAGGACACCGCUGCUGCAAGGAACACCUUUAGAUGUGCGCUGACUGACAUGUCUCCUGGGGGAGACUGACUAACCGGGGUUCUGUUGGGAAAAGAUGGGUUUUGGAAGAGGAUGGGCCUUCACCACCCAGUCCGUGCACAGUCGGGACAUUAUCUUUCAGCUGUUUGGCAGCACAGAUGUACUUGUUCCAAAAUUUACAGACAGUAGCUUCACGGAUGCUUGAACAAAAAGCCUUCCCAAGGAAGGCUCCCUAAUGUGUCAAACUACUUACCACAGCAAUCAAAUUAGAAUUCUAAGCACUUGUGCCUAAGGGUUUGGAAUGCUUUCAAGUACCCAGGCCCAGGAGCUGCUCAGGAUGGGCACCCCUAUUCACGACAACCCACCACAGUUGCCUGGGGGUGAUUUUCCUCCUCCUCAUUUUAUUAAAAGAAAGGCAGUACCACCAAUCUGCUGGACUCUUCUGGCUUGGAAAUUUGUCUUAUUGCUUGACUAUGAUUUCCCUGAUCAUUAGCAUAGUAACCGAAAAGACUAAGGGGAGAAGGAAAGAAAUGAGAUUGUUUUCAAAUAACUAUUAUUUUGUGUGCCGUGAGGAGGGAUUUUUCAGCUUGAAUUCCGCUAACUGUAGGUAUUCUGAAGAGAUGCCCACAUGGGCUUCUUUUUAAUCCAAGGGUGUUUGAGAACACCCUCCUAUUUAUUCCUUUCUCUUUUAGAAAGAUGUCACAGAGUCGUUUGGAAUUGGCAAAAUAGUUGUUAAAGGGCGUUUUCCAGGCUUUGUUACAUCUGGGAGUCAAGACAUAUGCAACUGAGAACAAAGAGCUUUAUUGAAGAAGCUUGAACACAACAAAUGAUAGGAGACGUGAGACCUCCGUUUUUCUCCCUUCUCAUAUUCCUCCCAACAAACACCUCCCUGUGAGAGCCUGUCGUUCCAGGUCAUUAACUAGAAGACAGUCUGUUUUCAGCAUGGAGAUGAACUCCCCCUGAAGAGACUGUCAGAAGAGCCCCUCGCAUUCCCCGUACACCCCAACUGAAUGAGGAAGACCUGUCCUGAACAUGCUAGAGUGGUACCAUUGCUAGCCAGUCUUUAUCCCCGAGAUGAGGAAGGACCUCAGGGUUUUCCAAUUUGAAAAGAAAACCUGAGCAUCCUGAACCCUGGAAUGAGUGCAGGUGCCCACACCACUUCUACCAGACCUUUUCACCUUCGAAAAGGUCAGUGUUUAACAUUUGUAAUAAGGUUGCAAACACAGCAUCGUUUGCAGACUUUCCCCAACCCCAGACAAACCCCACUCCAUAGCCUGUCUUUUAUAUUAACUCUUAGUCCCAUUUAGGGGGUAAAUCUUUCAAAAGGAGUCAUCUAGUUGACAAAUCCCAAAAUGCUGCUGAAACCAAGAAGGGAAUUAAGUAUUUAAGUCAAAUACCAUGGUUGCAGAGAACUCAAGCGUGAUUGCUUCAUGAAACGUGUGUGUACAGGUCAGCAUUCCCUAUGUCAGAACAUGGUGCCUGGUUCAAGGCAGAGGGGUGGGGUAGUAGUGAAGGUGUACAGUCAGGAGUACACCUGGAGGUAUUUUACCCAUGGGUGAGGUGGCACAAGACCAGUGGUUUCUUCACUGUCUCUGUGGCAAAGGUGCCUCUCACCCGCUGAAAUCCAGCACAUUUUACAAACAAGCUGAAAGUUUUCUAAUUUGCCAUAAGGGGAAAUCAAAACUUGAUGGAGUCAGUGGGAAUUGGGGUUUCUGUGAUGUCAUUAACUUGAGGGUUCCCUGCGAGCCUCUCUCUUCCAUGGGCUGACCACUCAACAGGCUGGAAAACUGAUUCCUCUCAACACAUUGUGAAGGUGUCUCUAGUCCUCCCUGCUCCUGCCGUGUGACCAGCCCAUCUUCUAUUCCCGUCAUGUGGGAGAACGUUGGUAAAGCCCCCAGCACACUGCCAGCACUUAAUAAAUGUUGGUUCCCUCCCUGCUUCAGGGGUCGUCCUUGAUCGAUGAUGGGUGUCGCACCUACUUACACCCUUUCCUCUACCCUCUGCUCGACUUGCAUCUUUCUUUCUACAACCAGCAAUGAACAUUUGUUGGCCAUGGUGACAUUAACCAGAACAAGGAAGGCUGAAGUUUUCUGGUUUGGGGAUUGUAGUUAUAUUUUUGGAAACUGAAUAAUAAAGAUCUAAGUUAAUGUUCUCGUGACAGUCACCACGGAGAACAUCAUGAUGGGGGUUCAUUGUAAUGAUGGGUUAGUCCACAAGAAUAACUUGACUAGCCAAGUUAAACUCAGACCUUCCAAGUUAAACUGAGACCUUCCAUAUGGACAGUAGUUCAAUUAAAAGCAGGAAAUGAAAUGAUUAAGGUGGUGAGCUCAAGGCUUCAAAAAAAUGCGCUGUUGUUGUUAGCUCCUGCUUUUUUCCUUCCUCAUUAAUGCAAACAGCUUCUCUGUAGGGAAUUAAAAAGGUGUAAUAUGCUGGUGGGAAAGUCAAUAGAGCUUUAUUCACCCCAAGGUAGUGGUAGUGAAUGAUUAAUCAA